AUGAGGAUGAAGUUUUUCGUGAAAGUCUCUCUUUUGAUGACGAUGCUUCUUCAAAUUCGUUUUGUUGUUUCCGCGCAACGAAGCGACGAUGAUGAUUUUGGGGAAAAGAUGACGAUGAAAAAAAGAUGUAAAAACACGAACGACGCUCCGAAAAAACAACCGCUGACGUUUUGCGACGACUACCGCUCGCACACGUGUUGCACUUCGAGAGAUACGGAUAGGAUUUUAGUCCAUCACGUGGAGAUGCAGCGGCAAUCGGUAUCGGCGACGUGUGCGAGUUUGUUCGGGAGAUUUGAGUGCAGCAAAUGCGACGCGAGGAACUUAGGAGGGAGUACUAGGAAUAAUAAUAAUAGCGAGGAUGACGAUAGAUUUAAAGUCUGUUCCGCGUACGCGAAACAGCUGUAUAGAGCGUGCAAAGAGGAAUAUUUCGUGGAAGGCGCAGUUGGUGGGGGCGUUGGCGCAGGAAGGGGGUCGUCCGGGUUGAUUUCGAGCGGGGGUAGAUUGACGCCGUGUAAAAGCACGGAUGCGAUAUGCGCGAAAUUGGAGGAGUUUAGCGGGAACUGGAAAGAAGCGGUAGAGAUGAUGGGUGCGAAAGUCGUUGGCAGGACGAAGAAGAAAGCGAGAUUGGAGGAUGAUGAGGACGAAUUUGACGACGACAAAGAAGAAGACAAAGAAGAAGAAGAAAGCGACGACGACGACGACCAAUCGACGGCGGCUGUCGUAAACGAGUGGUGUUUCGACGGCUCCGUCCCGGCGAAAGUCUUCGAGAAGAAACCAUCGAAAACAGACGAGAAGAAGAAGGCUACGGCGAAAGGCUAUCGUCGACUCAAAAAGUUUCGAUGGAGAAAGUUCCUCACCGCGCGAUACUGGCGUCGCGACCAAAGGCUCGUCAAACUCCUUUUCGUCGUCUACGCCUUCGUCGCCGCUCUUCUGCUGUACAAAAGAAACGCCGCGAAAAUCAAACUGUUCUUUUGGAAGAGGAAGGUGGAAAAGUUACGCGCGAACGUCGCCAACGCGGCGGAGAUGCGGAUGAAAUCUGCGUGA